AUGUGGCGCCUGCCAGUCCUGCUGCUGCUGCUCUGCGCCUCUGUCCUGCUGUCCCCUUCCACGGCUGCCCCAAUCCACGACGACGGAGACUCCCAGGAGAAUUCCUUGGGCUUGCUAAGCCUGAAGAGCCUACUCCAAGGCUUCACCCGACUUUUUCUGAGAGAUGACCUGCUGCGGGGCAUGGACAGCUUCUUCUCGCCUCCCAUGGAUUUCCGGGGCCUCUCCAGGAACUACCACCAAGAGGAGAACCAGGAACGCCGUCUGGGGAAUAGCACCUUCUCCAGCCACCAACAAAUCGACAAGCUGACUAACAACUAUACUGGGGAGGUGCUGAUCUCUGAGAAAGUGGUGGCGUCCAUCCAGCCUGCAGACCGGAACCUGGAGGAUGACUGGAAGGAGCCCAAGGUGAAGAAGGAGGUCCUGCGGCCUGUCCAGAAGGCUGUCAACAGCUUCCCCGUGGAGCCCCGUCCCCGAAUGGUCUUCUGGAUCGUGAAGCUGCCCCAACAUCACUCGCCCUCAGAGGUGUACAAGGUCAACCCCCGGCUCACCGAGAAGCGCCACCGGCUGCAGGCCAUCAGGGAAAGGCUGCGCGAGGGGGCCCAGGACGACUCUCCUGAAAAGGACCCCCAGGAUCCCACACCGCCCAGGCUACCCUCACGCAAGACCCGCUUCCUGUAUGUCUUCAAACCCUCCCAGCAGCUCUAG